AAAGCCCGAUACGAUCAGACAGUCUUCAUCAGUUUCUCUUCAAGUUCACAGAGAAAACAGUUUGAAUAAUUCUGAGAAAAAUCAGUUAAACCAAUUUUCCAAAAGAUGAAGUUCGUUGCAGUUCUUUUGAUUGCUGUGGAAGUUCUUGGAGUUUUCGGGCAAAAUGACCUUUGUCUCAAUAACCGAGGAACAUCAUUUCACCCUCAUCCGGAUACAUGCAAAGGUUACUACUUCUGCACUGAAGGUGAAGCCUUCGAGAACUUCUGCCAAGAUGGUUUCCACUACAGUGUUGAAGAAGAAACCUGCGUGGCAGCUGAUACAGUUCCCUGCUACAAUGGAGUCAGAUUGUGCGAUGUUGAACACGUUGAUACGGCUGUAAAAGAUCCUGAAAACUGCGAUAAGUACUUCAACUGCAAGCGGGGUGACUUAGCAGAACACGCUACAUGCUCUGAGGGACACUCGUUCAAUCCUGAAUCAUUGACUUGUGAUGCAUCUUCUUAUGGCCACUGUCACAAUGAGCAGCAUAACUAUUGCUUCCAGUACAGCGAUAACGGUCAGAGGGACUUUUUCUUCGCUCCUGAUCCUCACUCAUGUUCCAGGUACUACUUCUGCUACAAUGGCAAGCAACAGGAAUUCAAAUGCCCAGAAGGCUACUAUUUUGAUCACUUCAAGAACUACUGCACUAAACCCUAUGAAUCUGGAUGCAAGGCUACACCAAAAUGCCCAGAAGAAGGCUUCCACGUACAAGCUCAUCCAGCUGAUUGCAACAAGUACGUUUUAUGCGUGGAUGGACAGUUCUAUGUGAAUUCCUGUGGUCCUUACUUCUUCUUUGAUUACUUGACAUCAGAGUGCCGUCAUGAGAAUGAUGCUACCUGCUUUGUCUAGGCACCAUUUCUAUCGUUGAUUUGAUGGUUGAAGAUCUUUUGUUAAAUCAAUAUGUUGAUUAGUUCAGAGCAAUAAAGAUCAGUAGAUGAAUAA